UGCGAAUUCAAAAAUAUUGAUAAGAAGGAAAAAUCCUGGACAAAUAGGCGUGCGCGGCAUAAACCAAUACAUCGAUCCCCAUCUAACGGCUGUUUUAUCUAUAAUACAAAUUGAGCCUCUUCAAAGUUCAAUGGUACCUUUGCCACCCAAAUAUAUUCAUUACAAAUUCAGUGAAUCGUUUACUAGACAUAAUGGAUCAAAAAUUUACAAAACAACAACAAAUCACUUUAUCAUCACACAUUUGGAUCCAAUUUGUUCGCUCGAGAUUAUUGGGGAACGACCUUACCGAGGAUUGAUUCAUGACUAUAAAUUUGGUUUGAAAUACACUUCUGGCUUCAAUGAAUGUACCGUGGAGUUAAGCAACAAAAAAAUUAAUUACAUGACUUCAAAAAGAUAUGGAAUCGAAUUUGUAAAGGAACUUUAUUUUCCUGAGAGUGCCGUUGAAUCGUUUAGCUUCAAAUUGGGGAUGAAAGCUGAAUACAAUAAACUGAUUGAUAAUGUUGAGUAUGAUUUGGUUGUGACAACUUAUUCGAGGUCUGUUCUAGAGGUUAACGGAUAUUCCAGAAUCCGUAUGAACAUUACUGAUAUACUCAAAGAUUUUUGCGUGCUGUUGAAUCUUUAUUCAAAGUCUGGAUCACAUGAGUCUCAGUUUUAUCUCAUUGGAGUGCGAAAAAAAUGUUUCACCGAAGCAAUGGAGUUUUCUGUAGCGAAUGACGGACCGCAAAUGAUAACACAUAUGGAUAAUGCAUGUUUCGGAGACAAAAAUGAUAAAGUUAUUCUCGAUCUAAAGAUUUCAUUUUUAGAACGUUCGUCUGUGCGAACAAUUCAAUACUUUUCAAGCCACAUCCAGAAUAUUAAACAUGAAUUGCGAAGAAUGAUAAUGGAUAAGCUGAACAUAUCAUAUUUAAGAAUCAACCUGAUCAAGUUUGACUUUUUUGAUGAAUAUACUAUUAUGGCAAAGGUUGAGAUAGUUGAGUCAUUCGUCACCUACUCGAAAACAAAAAUACAAGGAACUUCGCAUAGAUUCAGAAUUAAAUCAACUGAAUCUGGUCUUUAUUCAUCAGUCAUUGAUGAAUGUGUACGUCAUGAAGGUUCAAAAGCCGAAAACAAGUUUAUAAUAUCCUGUGAAACUGGAAACUUCUGCCUUGGAAUCGAUCAUGAAAAAUCAUUGCCAGAUAGAGGCGAAAAUGGAUUGAACUGUGUGCUGUUCAACAAUUCAGAUCGCAGUUUAACUAAAUUAUUUGCAGACGUUUCUUUGAGUGAAAUACGAAAAUCUUAUUACAAUUUGAAUGGAAGUCUAUUCUACUAUUUUAAUGGUGCUCAUCUUGUUGUUUAUUUAAGAAAUGUAAGCCCAGAAGAGGCUGCAUCAAACAUUCAGGCUGUAUCUUCCAAAUACUUUUCCUUGUUUUCAAUUUUCCUGGUUCUCAUCACUAUAAUAUUCUGUCUUAUUGUGAUAAUCUUCUACCAACUGGGUCAACCUAAAACAUAUGCACUUGUUGAUUCAGUGUCGCUUAGAGCAUUUAAUUCAAGAGAGUAAUUUUCAAGAAUAUUAAAAGUAUAACAAAGUCAACCAAAAA